AUGAGCUUCACCGUUCAGGAUGAACUUUCCCUCCGUGAGCUGCCUAAAAACACUGGCAACGCGUACUUCAUGAAGGGAUUCGACUCGCGGACUGCUCCUUUCACGGGUGUCCGCCCGGAUCUACUUCCAGUCAUCUCGCAACGGCAGGUCUCUAUUGACAAGAGCAUGCUGCCGGCCCUCUACCAACCCUUCCGGGAGGAAAGGAAGCACCCCUAUGGCCUGGAGGAUCCUUCGACGCUGUGCCCGCGCGGGACUUUCAAGCAGCCGCCCGAAACGACCGAACCCUUGUUCAGCCUGGUCCAGCAG